UGACAGGAGACAAACUCACAUUUACGACAGCACCUGAAGGCAGCAGCAGCAGCCCCUGAAGCUCACGAGGGCGCAGGGUGGCCCGGUCGGUGUCGCACAUGGCUCUCCGGGCGGUCUGGCUCCUGGUCGCGCUGUCCUGUGUGUUGAGCGCGCGCUCCUGCUGGGCUUACACUUGUCAUACCAUCUGCCGCUGCAGACCCGACACCUUUCAGUGCAGCAGAGACACUCAGCUGGCCUCCCUGACAGGAGCAACAUCCGUGCCUCGAUUGUGGCUCUCUCAGCUGCCCUUCAAAGAAGUUCCCACUCAUGCCUUCAAGGAGCUCAUCAACAUUACAAUCAUUGAGAUUUCCCAAAGCGACUGCAUCAGGCAGAUAAAGAGACAUGCCUUCCUUUCCCUCCACAGUCUGACUCAAAUCUUGGUGCAGAAUAUCAACAGUCUGAGGGUUAUUGAAAAGGGGGCGUUCACUGACCUCCCAAAGCUGGAGUAUUUGAGCAUCUCCAACACAGGGCUGACACACUUCCCCGACUUCACAUCUAUUUCUUCCCUGGCACCGAACAUCAUCCUAGAAAUGGCAGAAAACACGAGGAUAGAAGUCAUUCCUGCCAAUUCUUUCCAGGGCAUCACAAAGGAAUAUGUUGACAUAAACAUGGUCAGAAACGGCUUCAAAGAAAUCAAAUCCCACGCUUUCAAUGGAACCAAGCUCAACACACUAAUUUUGAGGGACAACAGAUAUCUCAGUGACAUCGAGGAAGAUGCUUUUGAAGGAGCAACCGGUCCAAGUUUUCUGGAUGUCUCCUCCACAGCUCUGAGCUCCCUCCCUCCGAAAGGCUUGAGGCAGGUGCGGUUUCUAAAAGCCAGCUCUACCUUCGCUCUGAAGACCCUGCCUCCUCUGGACAGCCUGUCUGAUCUACUGGAGGCCGAGCUCACGUACCCCAGCCACUGCUGUGCCUUCCACACAUGGCGGAGGAAACAGAGGGGGAGCGCCUUAAAGAACUUCACCAAGUUUUGUGAUUUCAGUGAAACUGAAAUAGAGCCGACAACAGAUGGCAUGAACCUCAUUGAUGACAUCAACUUUCAGUACCCAGAUCUGGAAUUUAAUUGCCUCAACAACCCUUUAGUCAAGUGCACGCCAAAGCCGGAUGCUUUCAACCCCUGUGAGGACCUGCUAGGCUUCCCCUUCCUGCGAUGUCUCACCUGGAUCAUCACUGUGUUUGCAGUCAGCGGUAACCUGGCUGUUCUCAUCAUCCUGCUGACCAGUCACCAUAAACUCACCAUCUCUAGAUUCCUCAUGUGUAACCUGGCUUUUGCUGACCUGUGCAUGGGGCUCUACCUAAUGCUGAUUGCCUUCAUGGACCGGCACUCCCGUCAUGAGUACUACAACCACGCCACGGACUGGCAGACGGGGCCUGGAUGUGGCGUAGCAGGGUUUCUGACUGUGUUUGCCAGUGAGCUAUCCGUUUACACACUGACUGUGAUAAGCAUUGAACGCUGGCACACAAUCACCAACGCCAUGCAUGUCAACAAGAGGCUAAAGAUGCACCAUGUGGCGGCCAUGAUGGGGGCCGGUUGGGGCUUCUCCUUGCUGGUGGCUCUUCUCCCUCUGGUGGGAGUCAGCAGUUACAGCAAAGUGAGCAUCUGUCUGCCCAUGGACAUCGACACGCUGGGCUCUCAGGUUUACAUCGUAGCUGUGCUCAUUCUUAACGUCGCCGCUUUCAUGGUGGUCUGUUUCUGCUACAUAUGCAUCUACGUGAGUGUCCACAACCCGGAGCACUCCACCCGAAACGGAGACACUAAGAUAGCCAAGAGAAUGGCUGUGCUCAUUUUCACAGACUUUGUGUGCAUGGCACCAAUCUCCUUCUUCGCCAUCUCCGCAGCCCUGUGUAUGCCCCUCAUAACCGUGUCUCACUCCAAGAUCCUGCUCAUCCUGUUCUAUCCAAUCAACUCCCUAUGUAACCCUUUCUUGUACACCCUCUUCACCCGCGCCUUCAGGAAGGACAUGUGCAAGCUGCUGAGUCGCUGCGGCUGCUGCAGCAACAACGCUGACUUCAGGUCACAGACUCUGGCUUCACACCUGAACUCCACACACAAGACGUCCACAACAAAACCACACUCGCUCAGCUUCUACGCCUAUCACAUUAAAAUGAAGGGUUGCAUUCUAAACAAGGGAAACACAUGAACAUCAACACUGAGAACUCUGAACAGCAGACACUAAUGUUGUGUUUAAUAUGUAGCAUUUCUUUCAAAUCUAGGUCAGGGUGAAGAGAGUGUCAGUAUGGCUGACAUCAGACCCCAUUUGAUCUACAUUAGCUCACAAAGAGAGAACGUAAUGAGAAAGGACAGAGAGACCUUAUAUUGGAGGUGCUGCAGCCUCCUUUUUUACACCAGCAAUGCAGCUCAAAGAAUCAAACAAGUGGAGCAAGAAUGGGAAAGAAAGUUCAACAGAUUUUAUCUUGCAUUUCCACCCUGAGCCAGCCACACUCGUGUAACUGUGAUCAGCUCGAGGAGAAAAGGAUGGCUUCAAAAAUCACAGAUGUUUAUGAGCACUGAAUGAAGCCACUGCAGUCAUCUAUUUGUUUUUAAGCAUUUUUGUUGUCCCUGUGGUAUCUUUUUAACUUUUGAUAUUUAAUCCUGCAGUGUUUAGACGACAGGGUGAUCAUACAUUCCUCAGUCUUGAUCUUGCCUGUCAGGGUCACAUGGUAGCAAAAGAAGCCUCUCCCUGUAGCAGACGCUGCUUUAUUGCCUAUUUUAGAGUUAUAAGGACAAUAUUCUCAUAAAUGUAUCAUGAUGAUGUAUCAAAGAAGGCUUAAAAUAGCGACUGAGACCAAAAAAAUAUUUUUGUAAAAUAUUUAUUAAGAGAAUUUUAUUGUCCUGUCUGGUUAAAGUGUUUGCCUUUUCGCCUUUUGCUCUGGAAAUUGCACAGCUGAAGCUUGAAUCAAUAACCUACCUACCUACCUACCUACCUACCUACCUAUUUCUUUGAGCAUCCAUUGGAGUCGCCCCCUGCUGGCUGUUGCAAAGAAGGCACUACUUCAAUGCUGUCACUUUAGAAAAGAAGAGACUACAUCCUCUUCUCUACUGCAGACUGUGGUUUGAAUAUGAUGAAGUAAAUGGGAUUAUAUGGUUGUCUUGUUUUAGCUGAUCAUAAAAGUCUGUGAUUCUAACAUUGAUCUCUGAACAUUGGAUGUAGCCACUGCAGUCAUCUAUUUGUUUGCGACUCCCCUAUUUGCAUUUUUGUUGUCCCUUUCUUUCUAACUUUUGAUAUUUGAUCUUGCAGUGUUUAGACGACAGGGUGAUCACACAUUCCUCAGUCUUUAUCUUGCCUGUCAGGGUCAUAUGGUAGCAAAAUGAGAAGCAAAAGAAGCCUCUCCCUGUAGCAGACGCUGCUUUUUUUUGCCUCUUUUAGUGUUAUUAGGACAAUACUCUAAUAAAUGUAUCAUGAUGCUGUAUCAAAGAAGGCUUGAACUAGCGACUGAGAGCAAGAAAAUAUUUUUGUAAAAUAUUUAUUGAGAGAAUUUUAUUGUCCUAUCUGGUUAAAGUGUUUGCCUUUUGGCCUUUUGCUCUGUAAAUGGCACAGCUGAAGCUUGAAUCAAUAACUAACCUGCCUGCCUACCUGCCUGCCUGCCUGCCUGCCUGCCUGCCUGCCUGCCUGCCUGCCUGCCUGCCUGCCUGCCUGCCUGCCUACCUGCCUACCUACCUACCUACCUACCUACCUACCUACUUCUAUUAGCAUCCAUUGGAGUCGCCCCCUGCUGGCCUUUACAAAGAAAGCACUAAGUCAAUGCUGUCACUUUAGAAAAGAAGAGACUACAUCCUCUUCUCUGCUGCAGUCUGUGGUUUUAAUAUGAUGAAGUAAAUGUGAUUUUUGUGAGAGUUUUAUUGUCCUCUGGUUAAAGUGUUUGCCUUUUUGCCCUUAGCUCUGUAAAUGGUACAGCUGAAGCUUGAAUCAAAGACCUGCCUACAUACCUACCUACCUGCCAAUCUACCUACCUACAUACCUACCUACCUACCUACCUGCCUACCUACCUACCUACCUACCUACCUACCU